UUUGUCGCCGUAGGCAGCUUAGGUGCCCGCUUCCAAGAUGGCGGCGGCAGCGGCGGUGACGGGUGUCCUAGGCCGGGCGGGCUGGAGGCUUCUGCAGCUGCGUUGCCUACCUGUGUCACGCUGCCAACCACCCCUGGUACCACGUGCCCUCCAUGCUUCAGCUGUGGGACUAAGGUCUUCAGAGGAACACAAGCAGCAACCUCCCCCAUCCUUUUCGGAGCAGCAUUCUGAGACACAAGGGACAGAAAAACCCCAUGCAGAGCCUCCCCGUCCACCCCCCAGGUACACAGACCACAGUGGGGAAGAGGAGGAGGACUAUGAGAGCGAGGAGCAGCUGCAGCACCGCAUCCUGACAGCAGCCUUAGAGUUUGUGCCCGCCCAUGGCUGGACAGCAGAAGCAAUUGCCCAGGGAGCCCAGUCUCUGGGUCUCUCCAGUGCAGCAGCCAGCAUGUUUGGGAACAACGGCAGUGAGCUGAUACUGCAUUUUGUGACCCAGUGCAACACUCGGCUUACCCACAUUCUACAGGAGGAGCAGAAGUUGGUGCAGCUGGGCCAGGCAGAGAAGAGGAAGACAGACCAGUUCCUGAGAGAUGCAGUGGAAACCAGGCUGAGAAUGCUGAUCCCGUACAUUGAGCACUGGCCCCGGGCCCUCAGCAUCCUCCUGCUGCCUCAAAACAUCCCACCCAGCCUGAGCCUGCUAACCAGCAUGGUAGAUGAAAUGUGGCAUUAUGCUGGGGACCAGUCCACUGACUUUAACUGGUACACCCGCCGAGCCGUGCUCGCGGGCAUCUACAACACAACAGAGCUGGUGAUGAUGCAGGAUUCGUCCCCAGAUUUUGAGGACACUUGGCGCUUCUUGGAAAACCGGAUUAAUGAUGCAAUGAACAUGGGCCAUACUGCCAAGCAGGUGAAGUCUACUGGAGAGGCACUAGUGCAAGGACUCAUGGGUGCAGCAGUAACACUCAAGAACCUGACAGGUCUAAACCAGCGCCGGUGAGAAGGAGGAAGUAAGCUGGAAGGAAACAAGCGAGUAGAUUUAAAGAGCUCUGAGAAGUAGAAAGCAUCAUCCGUGGAACAGGAUGUUAAUGAGCACACACUGAAGGACUCCAGAGUCACUGCCACAGCUACCUGGAAACCACAGGGCACGUGAUAGGGCUCUGGCCUGGCACUUCAGGCCCUGGCCUUCUGAUGCCUUUCUGUAAUGCAACCAUGUGACUGACAACUGUGAUACAUCCAGGCACAGGGAGCUCAGCACAUCCCUGUCAUGGUCUCACAGGCAUCCUGCUGAGGGCUUAGCUGCCUUAGAAAUGUUCCAGGGGCUCCCAACACAGUAAGAGCUGAAGGUACCACGAGGUGGCAGCUUAUCCCCAGCACAGCACGGGUGUGAACACAGUUUCCACUGCUGGCCUGAGUGCUGAGUGGCUACUCCUGUGGAUCUCUGCAGAAAGCUGCCUCCCCGAGAUGGGUGCCCGCUGGAAAGUGGUGUUAUUUCAGUCCUGUCAUCACCUUAUGCCAACAUGCAUUGAAGGGUUAUCAGUGUAUUUAGGAUCUGUAAAAAAUAAUAAAUAUGUUUGAAGCAGUU